UCAAUCACUGUCUGAAAGUUUAACUACAGCAAACACUCGGUGGAAAUCAAAGUUCAAGACGGCAGAGGUAAAGAGGCCGACAAAAAUGGCAAGAAUGCCGGACUCUGAUAAACGAUCCGGUGUGAGAAAGUGCGAAAGGGAGCGACGGGACAGCUGAGGGGAAGCGGGAGACAUGCAGCAUCAAACGUGCCAAAAUGUCACUGCUAUUAAUACACCUCAGCAACUGCUCUCCAAUCAACACACAGUGUGUGUGUACAGCAGGAAGUUUGAGAGGGCGGAGGAAUGGCCAUACCGACCAUGUCUGACUCCAGCAGGCUUACUGAGGUGUCCGCACUGGCUUAUCUGGAUGAAGGGACCUCAGCGUCAGACACCGAGUGUGGAGACGAGCCUGAGCUCCAGCCAAGAGCUUUGGGGGAACCUCAGCCAGUGGCUGCAGAAGACACUGGAAUAUCAGACGUCACGUCGAGGGGCAAGGAAUAUCAGACAUCUGACUUCACAAAUAUAGAAGACAACAACAUCCUGUCAUGCAUCGACAAUAGAUCAGACGCAUCGUUCCCUUCAAGCACGAGAGAGAAGAAACCAACAGCUUGCUGCCUCAGAAAACACAGGAAACACCGAACUGAGUUUAAAGACAUGAAGAAAACGAGGGAGACGUGUAAAAAAGACAGAGCAAGAAUAAGAAGAAACGCUCUAGUCGGCUCCUCAAGAUGCUCCAAACCAAGCUUUGAAGAUCAAAACAAGUCGUCCACGACUCCAGAGCGCUUGUCCAAACCUCAACAGGUCACUGCAGAUCUCCAUCAGGAUGUUGGCGUUUCCCGUCUUUGCCUUCACAAGCUCGAAGUCGACUUUCCUUCAACCUUUGAGUCUCACAGUUUGAUAUCUGACAGUUUGGAGCCAAAGUUCAACUCAGAGUUUGCGUAUAUUUACGCCGAGAGCAUCAAAGGAUGCGACUCCACUUGUUGCACCUCUCCAGGAGACUUCAAUACCCACAAUCCCCUUGUCAGAAGCCCUGAACGAGACCCCGAAUCUGUCUUUGAUGGAGAAUCUGAAGACUCAGAUUGGGAUUUAUACAUGUCUGCUUGCAGUAUAGCAGCUACGGCAGGUUCCCGGUUAAGCGCUGACCGAUUUGGCUCUUUACUUUUUGACUCGAGCUGUAUUUAUACGGAAUGGGAAAGAAGAGCCGGCAGUACACAAACCGUGCAGGGAUACAGUCCAGCCGAAGCGGAAUGUGGUUCAGCAGCGUCAUCGGGCUCUGAGAGUUCAUGUUACACCGCCGAUCGUGACUCUUACUGUACCACAGACAGACAAACUAGCAGCUCGGAGUCAGACAGCUGCCGUUCAGAGUCUCACGCUGAUAUAAAAUGCCCUGAAGUGUUUUUCCCAGGUCGUUUUGACUCCUGUGAUGCCGUUGAAGACGUCUGCCGAGACGCAGAGAGCCCUUCCGAGUGUUUUUGCUCCAGACGCGAGACAGGUGAACUGUGGGGCGUCGUGACUCAAAUGAACAGACGGCAUUUCUCUGAAUGUUUCUGUGAGAUGAUUAAAGAAGUGACGAGGGAGAAAGACGUGGAGAAAAUGAAUGUGAAUGAAGGGUUUCUGUUUCAUCCUAAACAGUUCCUCCAGGUGAAGAACUCAGAAUAUCGAGAGGGUCGUGAAUAUUCAUUUCUCCGUCACAUUCAAAACGGCUCGUAUGGAGACGUCUUCAGCAUUCGGGACAAACAAACAGGAUUCACAUGUGCCGCCAAAAAAGUUGCUGAAUGA